CCCAGAUCAAAUAGAUCUGUUAUUUAUUUUUUAUCAAUCUUAACUGCUUUAAAUCUUACAAAACAAAAAAGGAAAGUUAUUGUGAGGAUUACAUUAUUUUUUACUUGUUUUCAUUUAUGGUUAUAGAAAAAGCAAAAGAAAGAAGUAUCUGAAGACUGGGGUCCAGAUUAUUAUGAUGAUGCAGAACUAUUGACUAUAGCAGAGGAUGUGCUCCAAAACUCAGAAGUAGCAGUCUCUACAAAAAUCACAACUGUAAAAAAUGUGGCACCUUCUUCUACAAUAUCAACCUACAGAGAAGAAAUUCCUGACCCACCCAUCGCAACCAGAAGCCAUGAAAUUGAUAGUGACACUGAAGUUCUUGAAGGGUGGCAGAAAUUUUGGGAUGAACCCCCUCCUCAAGUUCAGGGAAUGAUGCUGCCAAAUAUCAAAUGGUUAAAAACUGAUGGACAAUAUGGAAUAUUUCAACCAGCAAAGCCAUAUAAGGAUUCUAAAGGCGAGGUAGUACAGCGGAAAUUGUUCAAAAACCAAAUCGAGUUUAACCCUCCUCACAUACCCACAUCAAUUACAGCUAUUCCAAACAUGUUGUCGUUUUUUACUACACGGGGGUUUUUUUGGAGGCCUGUUGGUGUGAUGCAAGUUAAAAUCAAAUGUCCAAAUCGAAAUUGCCCUGCCCCACCUGGAAGCUACCUCAACAAAUGUGGUUUUGGAAACUUAGCUCGACAAGUGUGUGGUCUCAAUUACUUCUACACGUUGCUGACCGAGCGACUACAGUGUGUCCACUGUAUGAAAUUGCGCAAGGAUACAGAUCGGAGUGUGAACAAGGAGAGCGACAAUGAGAAUGAGAACCAACAGUACAGAUGGCAUUCUUACAGCCCAUCCAUCUUAAUGAAUCUAGCCCCUGCAAUACGGAGUAUGUUCCCCACCAUCUUAUGUGGAAAAAGAGCAAUUGAUAAGAAUGUGGUGACACUAUUGAGUGACAGGCUUAAUGCUGUAUCAAUGACUAAAGUACAGAGACUGGUGCAGCAAGGUCAUGAUGAGUGGUAUACUGAUAGGAGGGAUCUGUAUCAAACUCUUCUUUAUGAAGCCCAUACAGCCAGCAGCAUGCCUUCUCAACAAGGGAUUCUAGGCUUCAUUAAACCAGAAGGAAGCUAUACUCCUCCAAUAUCGAAGACCCCUUUGCCUUCUGCUCGUGUGUUGCGUCGAGCCUAUUUGAUUAUGGAAAUGGAGAGGAUUCCAGUGUAUAGAGCCUCCAUUCUAAGUACAACAGGAGAAAUAUUGUGCAUAGAUGGAACAAGACAG